ACGCUUCCUCAGCGAUCGUCACAAGUUUCCAGCCGCUCCUUGAUGAGCAUCUAUCAACACAGGUCUCUGCGUCCCUCGGGGCCCCCCGAGGCCUACAACUCCGGCCGCAUACAGGAUGCCCUUGAUGUCAUCAAACAAGACUUCGAUGCCCUGGCCACUGAGUUGUCUGCUUCACGUGGGAUGCGCGAAAAAUACGAGGACACCAUCAACGCGCAGGUCGACGAACUGAACACGAUUAGACAAGCUCUCCACGAGCUCGAGCAGCGCCACGGCAAAGUUCGCCAGCAAUACGAGGAGGAACUGCGAGGCUUGCGCGCGGAGCUGUAUGCCAGCAAGCAGAGCUCGCGCACAAGCGCCGCCAGCAGUGUCUUUCCCACAUCGGAGCCGUUUCGCGAUAGAGCGCCGCUGCCACCUCCAAGCCAACGAGAGCAGCGCGAUCUGCCGGCCAUGCGGGAGAAGGACCGCGGGGGGGACUCCGACCGAGAGCGAGGGUUCGACAGUCGGGACAUCAAACGCAUAAAAGAGUCGCCGAUCAGCGCGAACCUCAUUGGGCCGGCCUCGACGCCGUCGAUGCCUCCGCCGCCGCCUCUGCCACCACUUGUCGCGUCCGCGAGCCAGGCGCCUACACCCCGGAUCCCACGUGCCGAGGCCUCCAACGCAUUCUUGGCCGACGCGGCGGAUCCCUCGGUCGUGCCACCGCAGUGGAAGAAGGAAGGGGCGGACUGGUUUGCUUUGUACAACCCCUCCAUACCACGGAGCAUGGAGGUUGGACUUGUUCAUUCCUUUCUUCACGAGACGGUGGUCUGUUGUGUGCAGUUCUCUUAUGACGGCAAAUGGCUGGCAACCGGAUGCAAUCGCACGGCCCAGAUCUACGAUGUGCAUUCUGGGCACAAGAUCUGUGUGCUCAUGGACGAAAACACGGGUAAGAACGAAGAUCUGUACAUUCGGAGUGUGCGAUUCAGUCCCGACGGAAAGUAUCUGGCCACCGGAGCGGAAGAUAAACGGAUUCGCAUCUGGGACAUUGCCAAACGCAGCAUCCGAAACGUCUUUGAAGGACAUCAGCAAGAAAUCUACUCGAUCGAGUUCUCGUAUGACGGCCGGCUUUGUCUUUCGGGCUCAGGCGAUCGCACCGUGCGUAUCUGGGAUAUGGACUCGCCAUCGACCCCUGCACGGGUGUUGUCUGUGACGGACUCGGAUCCCUCGUUGCCCAGUCCGCCACCUCCGAUAGAUGCGGGGGUCACGAGCGUGGCGAUCUCACCUGAAGGCUUGUAUGUUGCAGCUGGUUGCGUAGAUGCCAUCGUCAGGAUCUGGUCUGUCUCGACCGGAGCCUUGGUCGAUCAACUGCGCGGCCAUCAGGAUUCGGUGUACAGUGUUGUGUUUACCAAAGAUGGAACGGGAAUUGUGAGCGGCAGUCUCGACGGGACGCUCAAGUUCUGGGACUUGCGGACUGCGAAAUCAAGGAGGGAUGCCGGCAAACAGAGCAUAGCGACGACUACGUUUGUGGGACACAAGGACUACGUGCUGAGUGUCGGCGUGUCUCAUGACAGCCAAUGGAUCGUCUCCGGAUCCAAAGACCGAGGGAUCCAGUUCUGGGACAGUCAUGGUAUCGUCCACACCCUCAUCCAGGGUCACAAAAAUAGCGUGAUCUCUAUUAGUCCCGACCCAACGGGGAAUCUGCUUGCUUCCGGGAGCGGAGACAAUUUCGCUCGCAUAUGGUCGUACAAUGUGCUAAAUUGAGCUCCAUGUUACAAAGCCUGCCAGACUAUUUCCUUGCUGUGUGUACAAUGUCUAUUGCCAUAAACUAUGUAUGAUGUCCGGAAAACACCUCUGAGUCAGUCACCUGCGGGCCAACCCAGGGCUGGGUCAUCCUUGAGGCUUACAGCAACAUAGCGACUGCGCUGCUCCGGGCGCACAUCGGCAAUAUCUCGCCGAGGUUCAUGCGAGGUGCAUCUAGGUUCGUGUCAUGGGCGUAUAAAACAACCCGGGAAAUCGAACAGACGCGUUCAACCGUCCGCAAUGAUUGCAGCCGCACUCCUUCUCCUUGCUCUCCAAGCCGACGCCUCGGUGCUCAAGCCCCGUGCAGCAGCGGGGGGCUACGUCCAGAAUCCGACGGGCGUCGCAACCUUCACGCACUACUCGGGGUGUGGCCAGCCGGCCUGCGGCGUCUCCGCCUCGGGCUACAGUGCGGCCAUCAGCCAGCUCGCAUUUGGCUCGACACCAGGAAUCGGCCCCGGCGAUGCCUGCGGCCGGUGCUUCGCCGUGACGGCGACCGAGGACCCGUACUCGACUGGCUUUACAGGGCCGUUCGGGCAGUCGAUUGUCGUCAAAGUCACGGACAUGUGCCCGGUCCAGGGCAACGAGGCGUGGUGUGGCCAGACCACCUCCAACCAGGCCAAUCAGUUCGGCGCCCCCGUCCACUUCGACAUCUGCGAAGACACCGGAGGGGCGGCACUGUUCUUCCCGUCUGGACACGGUGCACUCAAGGGCACAUUCACUGAAGUCCCCUGCAGCCAGUGGAAAGGCUCCGGAGACGGAAGCCCGCUCUGGAACGGAGCGUGUAUCAGCGGUGAAUCUGCGCCGCUCUGGCCCAGCGGCACUGGAUGCGGAAACCAAGGCCUUGCUCCCGGGUAUUCAGGCCAGCCCGCUUCCACGUUGAGUAGCAGCACCACGACCAAGACACAGCCUACCAGCACCCCGACAAGCACAUUGAGCACGACCGCGACUGCAUCCGGUCCGACACAGACCCACUGGGGCCAAUGCGGUGGCACCGGCUACACCGGCCCAACUGUCUGCCCACCGCCGACGCAAUGCAACCCUGUCUCGCCGCCGUGGUACUCGCAGUGUUCAUGAUCAAGCCGCAAACGCAUCAGCUGA